UUUCUAUUCACACUUUUUUGCAAUCUAUAUACCCUGUUGCAUUCGUCUACGUAAACGAUCAAUCAACGAGAACCGGUUAUAUGUGUGUAAUUAUGACCGAAUUAAUUAGUAAAUCAGUCAGCUAUAAUGCAUCUUUCAGUAUACAGUGCACCGUCGUUUGUUUUGUGUGCGUAUUUUACCGAUUACAAUAUUGAACUAUGAUCUGGAUUAUUUCAACAAUCCUUUGUUCGGUUGUGUCGUUUGUUCUGAUUCUCGAUUUUUAUGUGAAGAAAUUCACCUCAUAUGAAUUGGCAAAAUCACUGCCUGGGCCGCACAUGUACCCAAUAAUCGGUGCCACAGAUUUCUUAUACAGUAGUAACGAAAAUCAGACAUUAGACAUCGCUUUAAGAUUCUGCAACACUUAUCCGAGUGGAUUUCCAUACUGGACCUUCGGAAAACUAGUGUAUCAUUGUUAUUCAGCAGAGUCGCUAGAGAAAAUUUUAACCAAUCCAAAGCAUAUAGAAAAGAGUUUGUCGUACAAAUUUCUACAUUCUUUGCUCGGCACUGGUUUGCUCACAAGUACAGGUGAAAAAUGGCUAAAGCGAAGAAAACUUCUGACGCCUGCUUUCCACUUUAGUGUGUUGCACGGAUUCCAAUCGACUUUUAGCGAACAAACUUCUCUAUUGGUCACUUGGAUCCGAGAAACAGAAAUAAAACGGUUGGAAGGUACAAAUUUACAGCAACUAAUUUCCAGAUUCACAUUGAACACAAUUUGCGAAUCGGCAAUGGGCGUUAAGUUAACAAGAAUCGACGAGUUAGAUGAUUACCGAAAGCAGAUAAACAUAAUAGGAAAAUUGCACGUUGAACGUCUUACGGUACCGUGGUUGUUCGUAGAUUGGAUCUAUAGCACGUUUGGUAACGGAGAUAUUGAACAUAAACAUGUUCAAGAAGCUCACGAUUUCACUGGAAGCAUAAUUGACAAGAAACGAAAGCAAUUUCAAUCCGAUAAUUGUCGAUUGGGAACUGCACCAGCUGCGAUCGAUUCAACAGUCAAAAAAGAACGUUACGCCAUGCUCGACACACUACUACAUGCCGAACAAAACGGUAACCAAAUCGAUGCCGAUGGAAUUCAAGAGGAAGUCGAUACAUUCGUUUUCGAAGGAUUUGAUACAACUAUGACGGCUAUUACGUUUAUCCUGUUUAUGGUAGCCCAUCAUGGUGAUGUGCAGCAACGUUUAUUCGAUGAAGUGCAGUCAUUCAACGACCAAAACGACUACAAUAAUUUUCCCUACUUAGAUGCAGUUAUUAAGGAGACACUCAGACUCUAUCCGAGUGUACCGUUUAUCGGUCGACUACUCGGCGAAGAAACAGAUAUUGAUAAUGCAAAGCUCCCGCAAGGAACCCUUGUACACAUUAUGAUUAGUGUUUUACAUCGUGAUCCUCGCUACUUCAAAGACCCCGAAAAAUUCGAACCGAAUAGAUUUCUCGACAGUGAAUUCGAGUCGGGCCCAAGACAUCCAUUUGCGUAUAUACCAUUCAGUGCGAGUCAUCGGAAUUGCAUCGGUCAGAAAUUUGCUAUGAUGGAACUAAGAACAGCUGUUACCGAGAUUGUACGAAAUUUUAAACUGAAACCAAUAACGAGAGUCGAAGAUGUAAAAAUCAUAUCUGAUUUAGUACUUCGGGCCAAAGACCCGAUUUAUAUACAGUUUGUGUCGAGAUAGAUUGGGAUAUAUUCAAUAUUAAAAGACAAACGGCAGCAAUUUCAAAAUUCUAUUCACAGCUAUACCCGAAAUUUUUAGGUUAUCGGGUUUCAACAUUUAAUUCGGAUUGACCUGAAAUUUGCGUACCAGUCAGGUUUGACCUGAUCACUAUGUGGGUUUCAGAUAAAUUUAGGUUAGGUCAAUAUUGAUUGAAUCAGGUUAAGGUUAAAAUAGGCUCAGGUAUUUUCAGAUCAGGUUUCAGGUAAGCCUGACAUCUGUUUCGAGCUUUAGCAAGAUUUGCCGAGCAGAUUUAUAAGAUAGAUUUGUCAAUUAUCUCAUUAACCGAUUGCUUGGACUGGGCGAUGAAAGCUUAUCUUUUCUGAAAAUGAUUAAUUGUUUGUGAGCUGAAACAACUGACCACAAUGCCGAAAUAGCGGCAAGUGAAUUUCGCAAGCUUUUUACUCAGAUACAAAGAAACACAGAGCUUAAAGCUCUUUAAAGCUAAUAAAUUAUCAUUUAAGCUGCUUUGGUCAGUGCAGUUCCACUUACUAUCAUUAUAUUUGUGUGUUGUUGCCGACAAUUUGUAAAUAAUGCUUUGCUUGCAAUUUUUUUCGAAUUCAUAUGGUAGUACAGGAAAUUGUAGUUACAGAUUUGAAAUAUUUAAAUUCUUAACGAUCUGGAGCGUAGGUUUGACAAAUUGGUAGAAAGUUGUUUGGGAGCUAUAUAAUGCAGAUGUACAAUAUUUGUAAAAUAUCCUGUUUUGUGAGUUUUUAUGUAGUUUGUUAUGAGGAAAAAGCGGAAGAAUUUAACAAAAUAAAGAAUUCAAGAAGAAAAUUUAAAAUUGAAGUGAAGAUUGCUAAUGCGUUUCAUAAAUCUGAGUUAGUGAAUGGAAUGGAUAAAUGCCUACAUCUAUAACAGUUAUGCGAUUUCCUGUACUAACAAAAUUCUCACGUUUCAUACCCAUACUCACCAGGUUGGUAUCUCUCAGCAGAUAAACAAAAAUUUCAAGCACUUCAAAGUGACGCUCAUCGACAGUUUUUGAUGUGUAGAUAAUUGAAUUGCUUUCAUUCAAUCAAAAUAAACGACAAACUUAUU